ACGUAUAUAUAUACACAGACACACAUUAUAUAUAUUUCCUUAAAGAAAUUAUUCAAUAGUUUCCAUUAAUUUCAAUGGAUGAUGAGAUCGAGAUCCCUGAAUACUUCAUCUGUCCAAUCUCGCUUCAGAUCAUGAGAGACCCCGUAACCACCAUCACCGGCAUCACCUACGACCGUGAAAGCAUCGAGAGAUGGAUCUCCGACAAGAUCAAGAGCAAGAGCAAGAACAAGAUCAAGAACGCGAGCGUGAUCGUGUUUUGUCCGGUCACGAAGCUCCCCUUGCCCGAGGAUUCGGAUCUUUUGACUCCUAACCACACGUUGCGACGUUUGAUCCAAUCUUGGUGCUUGGAUAACGCUACACGUGGCGUCGAUAGGAUCCCGACCCCGAGAGCUCGUUUGGAGAUAUCGAACGUUGUGGAGAUGGUCAAAGAUCUGGAUUCGAAGAGGGAGACGGUGAAAAAGAUCGAAGCUUUGGCUAUGGAGAGUGACAGAAACAGAAGGCUGAUGGUCGAAGCCGGUGUUCAAAGAUCUAUGAUCUCGUUCAUCGUGAAGAGCUUCAACGAGGGGAUAAUCGAAGGGAUCGAAGAAUCUCUGCACGUUCUUCACUUGAUCGGUGUUCCAUCGGAUGAAGCAAGAACGAUCUUGAUGGACGAUGACCGAAUCUUGGAAUCUUUAACGUGGAUUCUACGGAUGGAAUCGGAUACGAUCAAGAUUAUGAUGAACAGGUCGUAUACGAUCGAGCUUUUAAGGACUCUAACGGAACAUACGUCUUCUCAUAUAGUCGAGAGAUUAAAUCCCGAGGUUUUUAGAGGGAUUUUAGGGUUUAUAAGAGAUGUAAACAGGAUGAACUCAAACCCUAGGAGAGACGUCUGGGCAAAAGAAAAGAACUCGGUUAUUAAACAAGCUGUGAGUGCAGCUCUUAUGAUUCUUCUGGAAACUUCUCCAUGGAGCCGAAACCGAGUCAGCAUCAUCGAGUCAGGCGCAGUCCACGAACUCAUCGAACUCGAACUGAACUCAGUGCCCACCGAGAAACGAACCACUGAGCUCGUACUCGGUGUUUUGUCUCGUCUGUGUUCUUGCGCAGAGGGUAGGUCACGGUUCCUUGCGCACCAAGGCAGCAUCGCCACCGUAACGAAAAGGGUAUUUAGGAUUUCUCCGGCUGCAGACGAUAGAGCAAUCGCCAUUCUCAAUCUCGUGUCAAAGUUUUCGUCGGCUAAUACGGUGGUUCAAGAGAUGGUGACUGUUGGAACAGUAUCUAAGCUUUGUACGGUGCUUCAGGUGGAUUUUGCUGUGAACUUGAAGGAGAAAGCCAAGGAGAUACUUAGGGUUCAUUGUGAUGAGUUCAAGAAGUUUCCUUGCGUCGACGAAGCUCUACUCACUAAGCUUGUAAGCUCUUCAAGUACUCGGCCAAAGGCUUGAGAUUUAUACUCUUUGAUCUGUUCAAUGCAUUUAAUUUCAUUAAGGGUUUGUUUGAUUCA